UGUUCACAAGCACUUUCUCGCCCGUCUCCCUGUUCGGAUACACCACACCCAGCCGUACACGAUAGUACUUACACCUGCUGCCCAAAAGUGGGCACCUCGUCUCCUGCCGAACCACGUACCGUACUGCCCAAUGUCCCUUCCGCCUACUCCCCUCCGUCAUGAGCCAGUCUGGUGCCGGUCAAGGGGGGGUUGUUCUCCCGGACGCUGAGCUGGCUCCGUCGCUGGAACUCUCUCUUGCAUAUGAUUUCCCGAGAUUACGCGCACGAAGAAUCUCCUAGCUUGGCCCCCGAUAACUGGUCGAUGUUUGGUUGGGCGAACUUGGCCAACGCUGCUGCUCAUGCCCAUGGUCGUCCCCCUUCGAUGGGUAUCCUUCGAGGCCCGCGCGGCGACUCUCCGUCUCCCCCGUUGACCCAAAAAGGCCCUUGCAAGUUGCUAAUCACUGAUUGACACCACCAUGAGCAUCAUUGCCCUGGAAGAGAGUCCAGAGCCGGGCAAGCACUCAAGGCUACUUAAGGGGUGGGGGGCUACGACACCUCGAGCCAUAGCUUUCCUGGUUCUCUAUCACAAUUCCUUGACUCCCUCCAGUUUAUCAUUUUUGUUUCUCGGGUGAUAAAUCCAUUCACUUUGCCUAGGUCCCUCCCCUCCCAAUACACCCCACGGCUGCCGUCUUAGCUUGAGCCAUAGCAUCUCUCCUCCCCUCUUCAUCCCACGAGAAACCCUGCCCUCCCUCCCCUCGUGGCCCUGUUCACCCCCAUCAAAAGAACACCAACCUUUCAAAACGAACCUAUCAACUCUCGAGUCAUCCCGCGUCGGUCCCCUCUCCAUCCUAGAACCCUCGCCUCGCCAGUCGCUGUUCUCGUCAUCCUUUUGCUGCCGCCACCCCCUCCAUCCGGCACUUGGGCCAAUCCCACCCAACGAGCCCUCCCUAAUAGGAAGUUCGGCCAAGCCGCCUUGACCACCCUAAGCCGUCACCAGUCCAACAUCCCACGCUUCACCCCACGUUACCGGCGUCAUCUGCCUCAGACAUGGCCCCAGUUGCAACCGGAGAGAUGGCACCAAUGCAUCUACCCGUCUACAAGUCAAAGUCUUCCUCGGUCACUGCCUCUGUCUUGCAUGGCCCGCGGGAUCUGCGAUUGGAAACGAGAUCGAUCCAAGAGCCGAGUGUUGGGGAGCUGCAGAUCUCCGUCAAGCGGACAGGCAUCUGCGGGUCCGAUGUCAGCUACUACAAGAAGUUUGCCAACGGAGACCUCUGCGCGUGCCACCCGCUCUCGCUGGGCCACGAGUCUUCGGGCGAGGUUGUUGCUAUCGGUCCCCAGGUCACAGGCUUCAAACUUGGCGACAGAGUGGCUCUCGAGGUCGGCGUUCCUUGCGGCCAGUGCACCAUCUGCCGCAAAGGCCGAUACAACCUUUGCAAAAAGAUGAGGUUCAGAUCCAGCGCCAAAAGCGUCCCCCAUUAUCAAGGCACUCUCCAGGAACGGAUCAACCACCCGGCGGCAUGGUGCCACAAGAUCCCGGACCACGUGUCUUACGAAGCAGCGGCUCUCCUCGAGCCCCUGUCCGUGGCGAUCCAUGCCGUCAACAGGGCGAAGCCCGAACCAGGAUCCACGGCUUUGGUCAUUGGGGCGGGGACCGUCGGCCUGUUGACGGCGGCAAUGGCCCGCCAAGCCGGCUGUGCGCAAGUCACAAUCACUGAUGUCGAUGCCGGCCGAGUCGAGUACGCAGUCGAGAAGGGCUUUGCCACGCACGGCCACGUCGUCAACAGCAACUCGGGCACCUCGACACCCGCAGACCCGGGAGUCAUGACCCCCGCCAGCAUCUUCUCGGUCCAGAGCGUUCAGGGCAAGUUUGAAGGCGCCAAAUCGUUGGCCGUAGAGAUCCUCGCCCUCACCAAAGUCCCGGAAGAGGUCGACGUGGACUACGAAGACGACGGUGUUGACGUCACAUUCGAGUGCACCGGGAAGGAGGUCUGCAUGCAGACCAGCCUAUACGCCACGAGACCGGGCGGCAAAGUCGUUAUGGUGGGCAUGGGCACCCCCGUCCAGACGCUCCCGUUGUCCGUCGCGCACCUGAGGGAGAUCGACAUCCUCGGCAUCUUCCGGUACGCCAACACGUACCCGACGGGCGUCCGUCUGCUCUGCGCCAAGGGCAACGGCGGCCUUCCCUGCCUGGACGAUAUGGUCACCCACCGGUUUAAAGGCCUCCACAACGCUUCGAAGGCCUUUGAGCUGGCGAGCCGGACGUGCGAUGACGAGGGCAAGCUGGUUCUCAAGGUCGUCAUUGAGGCCUGAGCGGGAGAGGCGUAUGUUGUUCAGGACCAUUGCCCUCGGUGCACCCUCCACGAAUUUUGACGAUUGAUACCAAACUAGAAAUUUUCUCUCCGUCUUUUUUUUAGCCGUAUUUUCCCCCUUUUGCUUCUCUUUCUUCCUCUUUUUCCCUGCCUUUCACUGAGCGAGGGCACAUACGGAGCGCUGGUAGGCUGAGCAAGCGGAUAUGAAGGUUAGCAACGAGUAACAGCAAGAGUCGGCUGGGCUGGCUACUGGGAUAGAAUUGACAGGCAAGAGCGGUGGGCGCUUAUAGGUCUCUUUUCCCCUUUGGUUCUGAUAUGUUGGGACAUACAAAAAAGAAGUGGUUCCCGGGAUAAUAGUAAGAGAGGGAUUGCCUGGAAAUUCAAAGUAGGAUAAUCAAGCAAAAAUAGUAAAAGAGUCCAGUUCCCUCUCAACACACUUCUUGUGGGAAAGGAC